CUUGCCUUGGUCGUGUGCUACCCCAGUGCAGCCUCAGAGCCAAGCCUGCUCUCUGCCACGUGGAUUUGUCCUGCUGCCCUCCUCGGUUCAAGCAGCGUGCAUGUCUUUGCAAGGACUUGGGCAGUGGCUUUCCCGUCCUACUAAUUGGGAGACAGGAUCAGCCCCCUUACACAAGCAACGCUGGUGUGAAUGCUGUGAUGUUCCUCUGCUUUCUGUCUCUGUGUUUUCACAUUAUGGUCAGCUCUGCCAGGACUAACAGCCUGUUCCACUCUCAAAUGUGUUAGCAAGUGCUGGGACUCCAUAGAGUGCAUGGGAAUCCCCCUGCCCUCACAGAUGCAUGAAUCCUUGCAUGGAGGCUCGCACGUGUUGCAUGUACACCUGGGGGGCAGAAGGGGGUUGCAUGUGGGUAUAUCCUCCUGGCCCAAGAGCUGCAGGAGAAAACCGCAGAGAUAUUUAUGUGAAUUUCCUUUUUCUUUCUUUCUUUCUUUCUUUUGUUUUUUGGUUGUCUUAUUCCUCUCUCCUGAUUUACUGCAUGUGCUCACGUGGCCUUGGAAAGGGGGGUUCUCAAACUGUUUUGCUUCCAAAAGGAAAAGAAGCUGGCAGGCGUUCAUAUUUCAGUUCUUGAGUUAUGUAGGUUAAAGUCUCCCAGUGGGAAAACGGAAGAUAUGAGAGAGCAGAUUGCUGGUGGUGAUACUCACUAGAAGGAAAACAGAAAAAAGGACCAUGUAAUUCCAGAGCUACAUCCGGACGAAUGUGAGGUUUGAGAGGUGAGCAAUGUGAUAGAAAAGUGCUGCUAGCACAUGAAUUUCCUGCAGAACCUCCCUUUCCACCAGCACCAGCAUGCAGAGCAACUACUCCCUGGUUGUCACCACGAGAGAAACUCUCCAAGUCCUCUGUACAGCACUGACAAACUCAUCGGCUGCAUUGGGCUCGCCCCCUCCCUGCCCACUUAUCUCUUCAGAUUAUCAGUUUUCACUAAUUCCAGCCCUCUUCUCUGUGGUUUUUGUUCUGGGGUUGAUUGGCAACAGCGUGGUGGUUGUGGUGCUUUGUCGUCACAGUGGCCCCAAAACAGUCGCUAAUAUCUACAUUUUCAACCUGGCCAUGGCAGAUUUGCUGUGCCUUGCCACCCUUCCCUUCUGGGCUACCUACUACGCGCAGGGGUACAACUGGCUCUUUGGGUCUCUCAUGUGCAAAAUCUCCAGUUCUGUCCUGUGCUUGAACAUGUUUGCAAGUAUAUUUUUCAUUACAUGCAUGAGCGUGGACCGGUACCACGCUAUUGUCCAUCCUAUUCGCUCUCAAAGAAGAACUCCACAACAAGCUUAUUUUAUAGCAUUGGUUGUGUGGGGCCUUGCCUGUUUGUCCUCCCUCCCAACUUUUUAUUUCCGUGACACUCACUACAUUGAAAGCUUGGGGGUCAAUGCUUGCAUUAUGGCCUUUCCUCAUGAGAAUUAUGCAAAAUGGUCUGUGGCAACAGCCUUCCUGAAAAAUGCACUCGGCUUCUUCAUUCCCUUGACAGUAAUCACCACGUGCUACAUCUGGAUCAGGAGGCACUUGCUCAAAGCACGGGAGUUCGGGAAAAACAAGCAGAAGAGGGACAAAGUCCUGAAGCUGGUGGCUGCUGUUGUUGCGGCCUUCUUAAUUUCCUGGCUCCCAUUCCACAUUUUAACGUUUUUGGAUGCCUUGGCUCAUAUGAACAUCAUUAACAACUGUGACGUGACAGGGAUCAUCGACACAGCGCUGCCGUUCGGCAUCUGCAUGGCAUUCGCCAACAGCUGCAUCAACCCUUUGCUGUACUGCUUUAUUGGGAACCAGUUCCAGGAGAAGCUCCAUCGCUUGUUUAAACGACGAGUUUAUCAGUUCAACAGCCAUCAAGAGAGCUCUUCUUUGAGGAAAGGGAGCUGCUUCAGAGAUGCUGAGAUCCCCGUGGGUAGGGAAGGGGGGCCCGAGUCCUUGCUGUAGGCACUGGGGCAUGAUGUGGGGCGAUGUCAGUGCAGCUGGCUGUCCCUGCAAUGGUGACACUCCUCUCUCCUGUUCCCUUUGUUUUGUGCCCAUUCAUUCAUCAGCUGUUUGAAGGAGAAUCUAUUUUUCUCAUACAUGGGGAUUUAGUCUUCCUUCCUUUCCACAAUGAGCACUCAAGUGUUACAUAGAGGGAAGAUUCUGGCAAAUAAAUAUAUUGAUGGCAUUUUAAAUGUCAGCUUGUGCGUGGCUGAGAUCAGGCAAGUGUUUAGUGUAACACAAAAAGACAAAAUAUACCGAAAGACCAUUGCACGAUAGCUACAAUUGUGUAGGUGCUCAGUAUUAUACCCUAAGCUGAUUUUCUAAAAGAGAUUCUCACUAAAGAAUGUGUAAAUAAAGCAGUGCAGAUACUUCUGUA